AUGCUCUGGUCCGACGACAAACGUUGGCUUUUUUUAUCACCUUUUUUUAUUUCAUCGUCCACCAUCUUCUGUGGUGACUGUGCAUUUGUUGCCGAUUUCGUGAUUCCACGAUCAUCUCUCAACACAACUAUAAAAUACAACACAGCACAACACAGCUACCAGCAUCAUAUAGCAGUUCAACGCCACCCGCGCAGGCAUCAAACGUCGCCCGCCGUCACCAUCGCCCAUCAUGUCGCGCAGCGCUGGCAGGCCUGAGUCGCCGUCCAACAGUUUCUAUGCUCUAAGCGACGAUGGCGAGAGCGAAUACGAUACCAUCACGCAUUCCCACACCGGCAAGGGCGUGAAGCUACUCUUCUCAAAAAGCAAGGUCUAUGUUCAUCCUACACCUUCGGCUAGAGACAACAUCCCUGGCUACAUUGCCCUACUUCAACAAAAAGUAAAAGACGCUGCCCGCCCAUCUACCGCAUCCUCAGCACAGUCUUCCUCCUCGCCGGCAGCCUCCGAUUUGUUGCUUGCUUGGGUCCCCGAAAAUGCACUUGGGGAUUCUGCCAACAUAUAUGUCAAAGUCGACCUCUCUGAUGGCGAUGCACCUCCCCGACAGUCCUACCUCGUCCCUCCUCCUCCCACAGUCACGUCACACAGCGGCUCCGUUGGGGGCUACUCUUUUGCUGUCCCCGUCAGCGCCAUCUUUUCUCUGCAAAUCCGUCCACCUAGCCUAGGCUGGUGGUAUGGCUCCAUCAUUAUAAACACAAAGGCCGGUGACAGCUUUCCAGCACUCUUCUUCCACGACAAUGAAUGCCAGAGCACUAUCCUACAGAAGAAGAAGCUCACUAAAGAUACAUUUGAUCCCUUUAGCGACGCAGGUCAGAUGUUUUGGGGCGCCGAUGAAGUUUUGCGCUGGCUUAAGAGAUAUGUCAAGAUUGAGCGAUCAACAGCCGAGCCUAAUGUGUACCUGGUGGAACCAAGCAAAGAAGACCUCUUGUCAUUUGCCUCUGGGUCUGGUAACAAGGGCAAGGCGGCUGCAGCGGGCACCGCUAACAAGGACGCCCAAAUGGAUCCUGUAGUGAAGUUCUUCAAAGAGACUGGAUGGAAUAUUAUGGAAAAGUUCAGCCAGGUCACCACAUUCACCAGACGUGCUGCACAGGACUUUGCCGAGAGCUCCAACAUGCCACCUCAAGUUAAACGCCUACUUAAGAAUCCAGAAGUUCAGACACUUCAGGAUGAAUUUGACAGCGCUCGCAUCUACUUGGCACGGUGGGCUAUGGGUAUUGCGGAACAAAGCGAGAGAGACAGACGGCAAAAGAUUUACACCGUCCGUGAUGUUAUGGAGAUGGAAGAUACUGACGUUGGUGAAUUUGAGUUAAUCGACGGCGCUAACGGCUUAUCUAUGGAAGAAAGAAGAAAAGCCGUUACUAUGGAGGAGUGGAUAACGUUCUUUGACCCUGAGAGUGGUAAGCUCUCGCUUACAGUAGACGAGGUAAAGGAACGAAUCUUUCAUGGCGGCCUCGAUCCCGAGGAUGGCGUUCGAAAGGAAGCCUGGCUCUUCUUGCUCGGAGUAUACGACUGGAAUAGCACGGCUGACGAGAGAAAAGCCCAGAUUGCUUCGUUGCGAGAUGCGUACUACAAGCUGAAGCACUCGUGGUGGGAGCGACUUGAGGGAGAGGGAGGAGAUGGCGAGACUGGCGAAUGGUGGAGAGAGCAAAAGGGCAGGAUUGAAAAGGACGUUCACCGAACAGACCGACACAUUAGUCUCUUUGAAGGUGAAGACACGCCGCACCCCGACCCAAGCUCACCCUUUGCCGAGGUUGGCACCAACGUCCAUCUGGAGCAGAUGAAGGAGAUGCUUCUGACCUACAACGAGUACAAUAAGGAUCUCGGAUACGUCCAGGGCAUGUCGGAUUUGCUGGCUCCGUUGUAUGCCGUCAUCCAAGACGAUGCUAUUGCUUUCUGGGCCUUUAAGCAGUUUAUGGAGCGCAUGGAACGCAACUUCCUACGCGACCAGUCGGGUAUGAGAGGCCAGCUUCUGGCUCUUGAUCAGCUUGUCAACUUUAUGGACCCGAAGCUCUGGAACCACCUUCAAAGCGCCGACAGCACCAACUUCUUCUUCUUCUUCCGCAUGAUUCUUGUGUGGUACAAGCGCGAGUUUGAAUGGCUCGAUGUCCACCGCCUCUGGGAAGCGCUAUGGACCGACUACCUGAGCGCGGAAUUCCCGCUCUUCAUUGCCCUAGCUAUUCUCGAAAAGCACCGCGAGGUCAUCAUGGAGCACCUGAAGCAGUUUGACGAGGUUCUCAAGUACGUCAAUGAGCUGUCCAACACGAUGGAUCUGGAGUCGACCUUGAUUCGUGCCGAAUCCCUAUUCCGCAAAUUCCAGCGCGUGGUCGAAGCCAUUGACAAGAAGGAAAACUUCCCUGGACCAAAGACAACCGCCCAGCCACCCAAGCCAGCACCUGCAGGCAAGACAACACCAGGCAAGGGUAAGGCGAAGGAGGGGGAAGCAAUCAAGACCAUUACACCGGAGCUUCGUAAGCUGUUGAGCCGUAAAGUGGUAGUUUUGCCGCGGAAAAAGGUGGCUGAGAAUGGCGACGGAAUGCCCACCAAGUAGUAGUUGGUGGGCUAAUCGGCGACAAGACCGACAGACUGUUCUUUUUCUUUUCAUCUUUAAGCAUUUAUAUCCUGGCGUUUUUGGCAAGCAUUCUAUUUUGCAAACGUAUUCUGUUAGCACAGCUCUUACUUGAAAACCUUUUCUGUUACCGUAUUAGAACAUAUUCACUAUGAAUUAGAAGCGAUGAGUAUUUUCAAUUGUUUUUCUAUUUUGUAAUCAUGCAAUUUGUCAGGCUGAUAAGAUCUGCCGUGUGACUAGGAUAUACUUAAGGCUAUAUAACGUUUGUUUCUCUUGCAUUGUAAUAGUGCACGAGCAUUCGCCCGAAUGUCUGCUACCAGACAGCGAUGUAUCUAUCUGUAACCUCGAGGGCCGCUGGGCAGACCUUGUCUUUGCUGGCCGUUCGAGUAGCCACCGCCUCCAGGCUGUCCUCCUCUAGCACCGGUGUUUCUAGCACCAGUUCCGCCAUAUGGAUCAGACCCGUUCCCCCAUUGCGAUUGGCUACCACCACCUCCGCCACUGCUAUACUGGCCUCCAUUCGUAGGAGGCGGGGCACUGUUUUGCGCCGGACUGGCCGAUCGUCCACCAUACAGUCGCUGCUUCAAGCGAUCCUGCGCUGAAGAACCACCUCCUGAGGCGCUAUGCACACUAGUGUAGCUGCCUGAUCGCUGGGCGGCACCGGGCCGCAGACUAUCAGGCGUCGCUUGGCUGCCAGCAGGAGGCCCGCGGCCGGCUCUUAGACUCUGUGGUUGCGGCGGUGCUUGUUGCUGUUGCGCGGGCCCGUUAUCCCAGAGACUGCUGAGACCUCCACCACCAGCGGAACUACCAGAAGAUUGUUGGUUGAAGCCGCCGUAUCGCGAGCCGGGCUGGGCCUGGGCGUAGAGGGGUUGAGGGGCCUGGUUGGCGGCCUUGGGGUCGGGGGGCAGCCAGUUGGGCCGGGGGCGACCUUUGUCGGUGUAGUAGUUUCGCAGGACGCGGCAGACGUGGGUGUCAUCUUCCGUAUCGCCGUCGGCCUCGCCGGAGAGAAGCGUUGAUCGCAGAGACGAGAUUUGCGAGGUCGUCUUGGUGACGAUGUUGGAGUACCACGCCGACAUGAUGGGCGGAGGGCGUGGCGAUUGUGCGAAGCAGACGUUGUGUAUGUGUUCGGCCGGCAGUCGUUUCUAUGUAUGUGUGUUUUGCAACAGUCGAGCGUGGAAUGGGCACGCAGCUCGGCGCGGAGACGAAGACGUGUGUGGUGAGGCUGCGGACGAGUGACGUAGUGGAUUCAGACCGAUGCCGAGGUUGGGAAACGUGUUGGAGAGGGGAGACAAU